AGGUGGGUCUCGCUUCCUACCCCGUAGUCCCAACUGUAUCUUCUCAGGUACUGUACUGUACCUAUCAGUCGCUCGAUAUCGGCCCCGUGGUCAUUCCUGCUCGGUGACACUGAAAAAUAAACAGGCAACCGUGAUAAUUGUUACACCCCUUCUUCUUCUUCUCGGCAUCUUCGCGGCGUAGAAACCAGGAACUAGAAAAUGAGUGUCCCAACCCAACUCCUCGAAUCUCUCGCCAGCGCCCAGUCCCCAGACUCCACCGACAAGUCCGUCGCUGAGGCUGUACAAGCUUUCUGCGAUGGAGCCACGAACUCCUCAACCGAAGAGUCCAUCGGCGACUAUCUAUGGAACGCCUGCAGCAGCAUCUUUGACGUGGUUGGGCGGACCCCCGCCGAACGGCAGCGCGGGUUGCUCGAGCUCAUGUCCCGGCUGCGGCAGACAACAGUUAGCGACAAAGAUGGACAACCGCUGAAUUACGGAGGCGGCGUAGUGUGGAGGGACCUACCAUUGUUCGGUUGGGUCGCGCGAGACCGUUGGAAUCUUGAUGGCCUCAGGGCGUCUGCUACAGCACAGGAGCAGUCCAUCUGGGAGAACUGGACCGCCUUUCUCGCCCAAUUGACAGGGCUAGCCAGUGUCGACGACCGGCGGGGCCCGUUCAACUAUUCGCUAUUCGCACUGUGGUCUCUGAGAGCUGCUCUCGAGGACAAGCCAUCAGAGGCGGUAAACAACGCUUUUGCCAUCACGGCUGCCUCGAUCUGGAUCAGAUAUGCUGGGGCGGUGCUUCGGAAACUGUCCGCCGAAGGCCGCACCUUGGACGGCAAUAUGGGCGCUCCUGGAGGCAAGUUCGCUGAUCGGGAUUGGAAGGGGUUUAAUGAGGAGAGGUGGACGGCGUGGAAGGAAGGAUUCGAAGCAGCGCGAGGUGACGGAGAGGCGGCCGACAAAGCAGCCCGAGAUGCGGCGAAGCUGAUGGAAGACCUAUAGCCCGGCAUCCUCGGAGGCUCCGUUAAUAACCCCAUUCCGUGGUGUAAGUAGUUGCCGGGUCGGGUCCGGCUCGACAAGGAUACCUAGGUGGUAGGUACCGUACUAUUUGUGGUCAAAGCAACGACUCGAUUAUCUCAAUGUGUUCCUAGAACCCUGCGACGCAGAUUAGCAGCUGCCUAGAAUAUGCGGGGUUUUCACCAACUUCAAUGAUCCGGAGAUACAGAUUCGGUCGAUCGACUCCCUUUACCGUACAUUCAUUAGCUCUUCGACGUAUCGUUACCGUUCUUUUCCCUGCAUCGUUGAUGAGUAGGUAGGUUUGAGGUUUCUUCAUUCGUCGAGUCCUGCAGUGGUUGAUGCUAGAGUUCCAUCUACCUACUACGGGGAUUCUUCCCACGUUUCUGAACUCCCUAUUCGGCGUCGCAUCGCCUCAUCACGCCGCUUGACUCCUGUUUCGUAAUCGAGGCAACGCUGA